CGACAGCGAAACUGCCAGGCACAGCGCGACCGCGUUGGCUUUGAGCAGCAUCCUGGCCAUCUUGACGAGCAAAGCGAGCGACUGAAGAUCAAAAGCAGGCUCACGCGCGAGAGGCCCAGCUAGGAUCGACAGAAGCCGGCCCAGUUUAUAUGAAUUGCUGCAGUGUCCCCAAACAACGUGCCUCGCCUUCGGCUACCACAUUGUCAAAAUUGCUUGUCCACUGGUUGAUGGCGAUCCCGCCACCGGGAAGCAGAGGGAACCGCGACCUUCCCCAAAUGGAAACCGAGCUCCUCACUUACACGCCACGGGAAUCACGGAGACCAGCUUGCGCACGUGUUUCCACGCUGUCGUCCCUGGGGCCUUGCUCCAUCGCCCGCAGUCCCCCAGGAGCCUCAAUUGGAAAGAAUCGGACUCUGCUGGCAUCAUUGCCUGCGGGGCCGUUCAUCCCAUGUUCCCAGCGUCACAUUUCGAUGAUUUCAGUGCCAAGAGUUCGUCCCGCUCUCCAACGUGCUCGGGGCCGCCAGUCUGAUUGGCGACCGCCACAACCGUCCGCCAAGGACCGCCCGCCGCUGCAGGCACGCAGCCCCGAGCCUUAUGCGGGGCAAAUGAGAGGUGGGCGAGGAGGGUUGCAAUGGCAAGUCAAAUUGGGGAGGAUGGCGAUAAUCUAAUAGGCUCCUCUUCCUGCGGGACCGCAUCAUGGGUAUCCGGUCUAUCGGGCCAUGAUGUUGCAACCAAUCCGCGGGAAGCAAU